GUCCCAGCAGUGUUUAUUUUGGUUUCAGUGAAGAAUUAACAUAACUUCAAGGUUUGUUUGUCGGAAAUCUUAAAUCUGGCUUGCUGAUCAUGGCACAGACGGUGGGAAGAAACGUAGCAGCCCCAUUGCUGUUUCUUAACCUGGUGAUGUACUGCAUCACUUUAGGGUUUGCUAGUUGGUGUCUCAACAAACUCAUCAAUCACCAAACCAACCACCCAAGUUUUGGUGGAAACGGAGCGACAGAGUUCUUCUUGGAGUUCGCAAUCUUAGCUUCAGUCCUCGGAAUCGUCUCCAAAUUCGCCGGUGGCAACCACCUUAGAGCCUGGAGAAACGAUAGUCUUGCCGCCGCCGGAUCAUCGUCUCUGGUGGCCUGGGCCGUCACUGCUCUUGCUUUCGGGUUGGCAUGCAAGGAGAUAAACGUCGGAGGUCAUAGAGGGUGGAGGCUGAGGGUGGUGGAGGCUUUUAUCAUAAUCUUGGCUGUGACGGAGCUUCUCUAUGUAUUGCUGGUGCAUGCCGGACUUUACAGCAGCCGGUAUGGGCCGGGGUAUCGUGACACAGACUACGGAAUGGGGACACAUCCGGCGGAUACAGGCGUGAAAGGGACAACCGGAGUUGGUGCUAGGGUUUGAUGCUAUAUAUCUGUAGUUUUGUAAUAAAAGAGACGAUGGGAGUGCCGGUGUUGUUGGUUGGAGUUUGAUCUUUAUAUUUGAUUUGGUCGUCUGUUUGUGUAAAUUCGAAUGCAUGUUGCUUAUUUAUUAACAAAAUGAACCAC